UUCCCGCACCUCCUCUUCAUGAUGCUCGAAAGGGAGGAGGGCCGCCACAUCAACUGGUGUUCCGAUGGAUUGAGCUUUGAGGUGCCGGACAAGGACGUCUUCGUCCGCGAGACGCUCCCGCGCUACUUCCGCCACAGCCGCUUCGCGUCGUUCCAGCGCCAGCUCAACCUCUACGGCUUCAAGAAAGUAAGUGAUGGCGAGCUGCGCUUCGAGCACCCCGACUUCCUGCGGGACGCUCCACAAAGGGUCACGAAGGUGCUGCGAGCGCCGCCGCAACCGCAGAAGCCGCGGCCCAAGAAAAAGAAGGUCGUCCGUAAACCACCGUCAUCGGACGACGACUAUUCGGAUGGAGACAAGACGCCGUCGCCGAAACGGUCGCGCUGCGACGUUUCCGCUUUAUUUGGUAGAGACGAAGCUACUACGGCCGAGGCGCUAUUUUCAUUGAGCGCGCCGGCGAGUCCCGCCGGUACUGGCUCGGUCGGCUUCCCGUCGCCGGACGUGACGCUACGCAAGGCCACGGAGAAGCUCCAGAAUCAACCGCCGCCCGCGCCGCCGAUCGCGACGCCGUCGCCGGCGUCGUCCUUCGGGUCGCGGACCAACCCGCGCGCGCCGCCGCCCUCGCCCCAUGGUUUUGGCGCGGCGCUGGCCUGCGUCCGCGCGGCGUCGGGGUCGCUCGACUCGGACGAACUGCGGGACCCGUUGUUACGUCGCGGCCUCUCGGACGGCUCCGACGGCUGGCAGCGCGCCCUGGACGCCGGGCCCGCGCCGCCCUCGGAGCCGCUCUGGGCCCUCGAUACGCCGACGGGCGGCUUCGGGGCCACGUUCUUCGGCGACGACGCCUGA